AUGGAUGAACCAGCACUUCCCAACAUGGAUGAACCAGCACUUCCCAACAUAGAACCAGCACUUUCCAACAUGGAUGGACCAGCACUUUCCAACAUGGAUGGACCAGCACUUCCCAACAUGGAUGGACCAGCACUUCCCAACAUGGAUGAACCAGCACUUCCCAACAUAGAACCAGCACUUCCCAACAUGGAUGAACCAGCACUUUCCAACAUAGAACCAGCACUUUCCAACAUGGAUGGACCAGCACUUCCCAACAUGGAUGAACCAGCACUUCCGAACAUGGGUGAACCGGCACUUCCCAACAUGGAUGCACCGGUACCUAGGAUGACUGCACCAGCAUUAUGGUCGAUACCAUUCGAAAGAAUGCAAGGACGACCCAAAGAUUGGAAAAUUUCACAUUCCGAAAUGGGGACAGCGUCCGAUGGAGACAAGAUUACUGCGAGUGCAAUCUGA